AGGAGAAGAUCAACCUGAUUCCUCAGGGAAUGAGGUGUCUCAACAGACUUGCAACUCUUUAGUCUCGUGAACAUGCUAAAUUAGCUGGAACCGUCAACACUGGCUUUUCUGGCAGAGUUUUAGUGUUCAUUAUGGAUGAAAAGCGAUUCGAUUUAUUUCCGCACGGGAAUGCUGUCAUACCAAAGGUGUGAGGACUUUGGGAAAAGUUUUAUGCAUAGCAGCAGUCGAGGACCUCAGGUCUGCGGGUCCAGGUUGAGACAGUGAGAAUGGCUUUCACAGACACAGCCAUAAUUCUCAUUGUCAUAGCAGUCCUAGGAACGCUAACCAGAUGUCAGGGGAGCCUGGUUAAAGACAACUCUCUGCUGAGGUUCACCCAUCAUUUAUAUAAUGCCAGCAUUUAUGAGAACUCUGCCCCCAGGACCUAUACGGAGAGCCCGGUCCGAAUGGGCAUCAUACUAUCUGAUCCCUUCUGGGACGUUAAGUACAAGAUUGUCUCUGGAGAUGACGAUGGCCUUUUCAAAGCCGAAGAGGUAACCGUAGGAGAUUUCUGCUUUCUGAGAAUCAAAACCCGAAGCAGUUACUCAGCUGUGCUGAACAGAGAGGUACGAGACAUUUACACUCUCACCGUCGAGGCUACCGAAAGCACCUAUGACAACCGAGCUAGAACAAAGGUAUCGAUCCAAGUGCUUGACACAAAUGAUCUGAAACCACUCUUCUACCCUGCCUCUUAUCAUGCGCUAAUCAAAGAAGACACACCAAUCAAGUCAAGUCUGGUGAGAGUGAGCGCAACGGAUGCUGAUAUUGGCAGCAACGCAGAAUUUUAUUACUCAUUCACCACUAGAUCACACCCCUUUGCCGUUGAUCCGUUCACAGGGACCGUUACACUUAUCAAGACGCUUGACGCCAGUCAGAGAGACAGGUAUGAGCUGACUGUGCUGGCAGAGGACAGGACAAAGAAAAUCUCUGGUGUGCAGAAGUUUGGAAACGUAGCAAAGUUUGUUGUGGCCAUACAAACUGUGACAGAAAACUUUACCCUCGUCACACCCACCAGUGCAGCGACUCCACAGACGGAUGACGACAAAAUAAGUGUGAACAUCAAAACGGAACCCAAGGAAAAGGAGAAAGUGGCAUCUUUAAGUAUAGUUGAAGGGGAUCCGCUGAAGUGCUUUCAGAUUAUUCAAUCGACGUUGCAUGAUGGUGGCUUUCAAUUGGUCUCAACAAAAUGGAUUGAUUGGUCGCAAAACCCAUUUGGACUAAACAUUUCCCUGCAAGCCAAAGACAGAAGAAACCCUCCUUUGCUAACGCCUAUAAAAAACGUGCAUAUACCACCUCCUCCUCCUCAAGUUAAACCUUUGAUGUUCGAACAAGAACUCUAUUACGUCACUCUCAGUGAAUUUUCUCCACCGAAAAGUCACGUAGUUCGAGUAUCUGUAGGUUUGAGUUUCAAAAAUAUAACCUACAGCAUCAAAGAAAACCCGGAUAGCUAUAAAUUCAAAAUCAGUGCCAAAACUGGUGUGAUAAUGACUUCUCAGACUCUUGACUUUGAAAAGCACUCUCACUAUGAGUUUGAUGUCACAGCAAAUGAUGGAGAAGCGUUUACCCGUGUCGUUGUGGAUAUAAUUGAUGAAAACGAUAAUGCCCCCAGGUUCACGUUGCCCUCAUACCAGGCUUCUCUGCCUGAAAACGUCCCGAUCGGAACAAGCAUCUUGGCUGUCUCUGCUAUUGAUGUGGACAAAGAUAACAAUGGUUUUGUAACAUACUCUGUAGCAAACACAAGUCCAGUUCCUUUCAAUAUAGACCCACUGACCGGUGUGAUUUCGACCUCUCAGGAGUUUGAUUAUGAGCUUAUGAAGAGAUGGUACCACCUGAGAAUCUGGGCGUCUGAUAGCGGAAGCCCUUUCAACAGAGUAAGCGAAUGCUCCGGAACCAUCACCAUGACCAACGUCAACGACAAUGUUCCAGUGUUUGAGCGGGUGGCAUGCAAUGCCUCCAUACCCCGAGACUUUGCUGUGGGGGAGAGUAUUGCAGAGAUGUCAGCACUCGAUCUGGAUGAGCUGCAGCAGAUCAUAUACAGGAUAGAGUCUGGGAAUGAUGACGGACUGUUUACAAUUAACCCCGUUUCUGGCUCCAUUAAACUUGCUAGGGCAAUUCCCUCAAAGUUCGAAGGCACAGAAAAUCCUUUUUAUAUACUUAAAAUAACAGCAACAGAUGGCAAAUAUAGUGCUGACCCCAACACCGUGACUGUGCGUAUCACAAGCAAGGGCGAAGUCGCCACCACACAUUGCGAGGAGACCGGAAUUACAAGGCAGUUGACAGAGAAGCUUAUUGAGUCAUUUAAGCCGUCUCUCAACGCCAAAGAAGAAGAGUAUAUCUCAGACAUUCAUAUAAUUAACCAGCACUCUCCAAAGUUUAUCGCAGGCACACCAAGCUCAAUCGACAUCAGGGAAGACUUUGCUCUCGAUAGAUCUGUGUUGCAGUUUAAUGCCACUGACAAUGACUCUGGCUUUAAUGGAAAGCUUGUCUAUGCAAUUUCCAGUGGAAAUGAGGAUGGAUGUUUUACUAUUGACAUGAACACGGGUGAACUGCAGGUAAUCAGUGCUUUGGAUAGAGAGCAAAAAGAGUUUUACAUUCUCAACAUAACCGUGUUUGAUCUGGGAUCUCCACAAGCCUCUACAUGGAAGCUUCUUGCUGUUAACGUUCUUGAUGCAAACGAUAAUCCUCCGUUAUUUUCUCAGCCAAGAUAUGUUGUGAACAUCCCAGAAAACACAGAGGUUGACAAAAGCAUAUUCAAAGUCAAUGCAGUCGAUUUUGACUCUGAAGACAAUGGAGCAUUUACAUUUUCAUUGCUAACCUUCACCGAUUUGUUCAAGAUUGAUGAAGUCACAGGGGUGGUGAAGGUAACUGGGCCUUUAGACAGAGAGACCUUUAGCAGAUACGACAUAACAAUUGAGGCCAGAGAUCAAGCCAAACUGGACCCACAGCUUUUCUCAUUUACAGAUCUGGUGGUUGUACUGGAGGACAUCAAUGACAAUCCUCCAAAGUUUGUACCUACAAUCUACAGGAUCAAAGUUCCUGAGGAUGUUCCUCCAGGCACAGUGCUAUUGUGGGUCGAAAGCUUUGAUUUAGAUCUGGAGAGCGGAGGUCUCAUAAGCUACAACCUAAAGAAUAGCGAAGCAGGGACGUUUUUCCUGGAUACAUCCACAGGGUGCUUGACUCUGGAGCGUGAACUGGACUUUGAGAAGCAGCAGUCGUAUAAUCUAACAGUUCGAGCUGUUGACCACGGAAAGCCCCGGUCUUUAUCAUCUUCAUGCUUCAUUGAGGUUGAAGUGUUAGAUGUAAACGAAAACCUGAACCGACCCCUCUUUACCCAGUUUGUGCAUAACGCAGCCGUUAUGGAGGAUGCUACAGUAGGAACCUCAGUAUUGACACUAACCGCUGUAGAUAACGACCUGGGACAGGAUGGAGUAGUCAGAUAUUACAUCAAUGAUGGCUCAGGGCUUGGCGUCUUCACAAUUGAUGAAGAAACAGGUGUUAUUCGGACCGCAGGCCUUCUGGAUCGUGAAGCCGUGCCACACUAUUGGCUGACAGUUUGUGCAAAAGAUCUGGGCACUGUACCACUGGUAUCCUGGACCGAGGUCUACAUUGAAGUUUGGGAUAUUAAUGACAAUCCCCCUGAGCUGUCCCAGCCUGUCUACUUUGGCUCAGUGCAAGAGAAUUUGCCAAAGGACAAAUCUGUGCUAAAAGUAUCUGCCACAGACAUAGACAAGUCCUCUGAGGGGAAGCUCGCUUUCCAGAUCCUAGAUUCUCAACGCAUAUAUUUCACCAUUGACGCAAAAACAGGUGUGAUCAGCACCCUUGCUCCCCUGGACCGGGAACAAAAAGCAGAGCAUAUCAUUGAGGUCAUGGUAUCAGAUAAAGGGGCCCCUCCAUUAAGCUCGACUGCAACCGUAGUCAUUGAAGUCCUGGAUGAGAAUGAUAACAGCCCUCAGUUCAGCCAUAAGCUUUUCCAGGUAAAACUCCCUGAGCGGCAGAGCACGGCUGAGCCUCAGGAGAUCUACAGGAUGGUGGCUCGUGAUGACGAUGUGGGGCCCAACGGCAUGAUCAAGUACAGUCUGGAAGACAGUAGUGAGGAUCAGUUUGAUAUUCAUCCUGAGACCGGGGUGGUGACAGCUAGAGGAGAGUAUGUCCGGGGCAACUACAGUAUUCUGACGAUUCAAGCAACAGACCAAGGCAACCCUCCAAGAAUGUCUAAGGCCCGUUUGCAUGUUGAAUGGCUGCCCCAACCUGAGCCCAGCUCCGAUGUGCUGGCUUUUGAUGAGCCCCCCUUUAACUAUGUGGUGAUGGAGACCGAUCCUGUCACUGACAUGGUGGGAAUCAUCCGAACGGAGAUCCCGCAGAACCUUCUCUUGUUUGACAUUAUAGGUGGUGAUGAAAAGCAGGACUUCUACAUUGAGAAGAACACAGGGAGUAUUGUGAAAGCUAGACGUCUGGAUGCAGGCAGAAAAUCUCAUUACAACUUAACAGUCAGAGUCUCAGAUGGAUUUCAGGCCAUAACCACGCAGGCUUACAUUCAAGUAGUGGAUAUAAAUGAGCAUCGGCCCAUGUUCUUGAAGAGCCUCUAUGAGGUGAGAGUGCCAGAGGACACAUCUCCAUGGAAGGAGAUCCUUCACAUCAGUGCCCACGAUGCAGAUGCCAACAGUGGACUCUUUUACUCCAUCCACAGCAGCCUUAACCCAGACAGCCUCAAGUACUUUCACCUGGACCAAAGGAGCGGUGUGCUUGUCAUGAAAGAGGAGCUAGACUACGAGACCAUCUCCACUCAUACUCUGAUUGUGAUGGUACGAGAUGAGAAGAUCCCAAUAAAAAAGAACUUUGCGAAGGUUGUUGUGCAUGUAGAAGACUGUAAUGACCACAACCCAUCUUUUCUGAGUACUCAUUAUGAGGGCACCAUAAGUAAUAUGGCACUCACUGGCACAGAAGUGCUACGAGUCAAAGCCCUGGAUAAGGACACAGGGAGCAAUGCGGAGAUUGUUUAUUCCUUUCACUCCGGUGGGAAUGUAGAUGGUGCCUUUGAAAUCGACCAGGAGACAGGAAGCAUUCGUGUGUCUGAUGCAUUAGACAAACUUCCGCAGGAGCAGUAUCACCUCACAGUAAAAGCCACAGAUCAGGGCUUUCCCCAGCGCAAUGCCCUUUGCCCCGUUACCAUCACCGUAAAGCUGUCUGAAUUCACACCACCCAGGUUCUUCUCCGAAGAAUACAUCACUGAGAUAAGUGAGGCUGUGCCUCCUGGCUCCCCUGCACUGUCUGUCUCCGCCAGCUGUCCAUCUUCAGUGCUGUACAGGAUCAGUGACGGCGACCCCAAUGGGACGUUCCACAUCAACAUAAACUCUGGACUCUUGUCUGUCGGAAACGCACUCGAUUUUGAGCAACACCCUUCCUACCGUCUGACAAUAAGAGCUACAAAUACAGCGGGAGUCUCAUCUGAUGCAGUGGUUUACAUUUAUGUGAUAGAUAAAAAUGACAACGCCCCUGUUUUCCAUCAGGACACUUAUUAUGGGCAAAUUAGUGAGUCUGCGCCCAUCAACAGCAUGGUAACUGGGGAGAACAACACGCCGUUAGUGAUUAAGGCGUCAGAUGCCGACAAAGACACAAACGCUCUUCUGAUCUUCCAUAUACUUGAGCCUGCUGCUCAGAAAGUGUUUAGAAUAGACCCAAGCAUGGGUACCAUCUUCUUAAAGUCUACAGUUGACUUUGAGGCAACACCUGAAUUUUUCUUCAGCGUUCAGGUGUGGGAUUCUGGUGAGCCAUCGCUAAGUGCUUCCAAGCCAUGCAGAGUAAACAUUCGUGUCCUGGACAUUAAUGAUUGUCCUCCCAAAUUUGCUUUACCUGUAUAUGAAACUGCCCUCACCUUACCGGUUUUUGAAGACAUGGAUGUGAUUCAAGUGACCGCUCAUGAUGCAGAUUCAGCAGUCACCUACAUGAUUUCAGAGAGCACUAUUAAAAAUGCUUUUAAAAUAGACCAGUCCACUGGAAACAUCUCGGUGAAUGAUUCGUCUGAACUAGAGUCCCAUUAUGAGUUAAAGAUCACUGCCUCAGAUGGGUUAUAUAAAGACACUACCCUAGUGAGAUUAAAUAUCACCAAUGCAACAAAGACUAGUCUGAAUUUCGAGGACAGGAUGCAUGUGGCCACUGUACUGGAGAACAGUACGUCUAUUAAAAUUUUAGCUGUUCUGAGAGCAACAGGUAGCUACCUGAACGAGCCCUUGCAGUACACCGUUUUGAACCCACAUGGGAAGUUUGCAGCGAUUCCAUCGUCUGGAAUCCUGCAGACCACCGGCGUUCCGUUUGACCGGGAGGAACGGAAUGAGUACGAUGUCGCUGUGGAGGUCCGAGACAUGAGGCAUCCUCCACGUGUGGAUGUCACUCAUGUUAAGGUCUAUAUAGAUGAUAUCAAUGACAAUGCCCCAGAAAUAUCAAAUUUGCCUCAUUCGCUGAUGAUAUCGGAUGAAACCGAACCAGGGGAUGUUCUCUUUCAAGUGCUAGCAACCGACAAUGACUCCGGUGAAAAUGGAUCCAUACUAUUUUCACUGGAGGAUGAUUUCAGUCUCUUCAGAAUCGAUCGUUAUCUUGGAGACGUGUCGUUACUAAGACCUUUAGAUUUUGAGUCUGUGAAUAAAUAUGUUCUCACUGUACUGGCGUCAGAUGAGGGUGAGCCGAGCCUGUCAGCCGCCGGGACGCUGUACGUCCAAGUGCAAAAUCGUUCUCAUCCGAUAUUUCAAAGCCUGUACUACCCAUUGAAAUUACCUGAGAAUAUUAAGCCAUUUACAACGAUCCUGCAUGUGCAAGCAAGAAAUCCUGAAGGAUACCGCCUUAUCUACAAUCUAGAGGAAGACAACGCCUCCAGGUUCUUUAACAUCGAUUUCAAAACAGGGGUCUUAAGUGUCACUGAUUUCCUAGACUUUGAGACUCAAACAAAGCAUAUUUUGACUGUUCGUGCCACGGAUUCGGUGACUGGCAUCUUUACCGAAGCCAAAGUAGAGAUUGAUGUGGAAGAUAUAAAUGACAAUGCCCCUGUCUUUCAGAGUCUGUCUUAUGUUGCAGAUGUGUCUGAAGGCCUUCCAAUAGGCACAUCUGUUUUACAAGUCUCGGCUGUUGAUAGAGAUUCAGGCAGGAAUUCAGAUAUGACUUACCAGCUGGUUGACAAAGAAAAUGAUUUUUUUGAAAUCGACACACUAAGUGGAAUUUUGGCGACAUCGCAAAUAUUGGACUAUGAAACCUCGCAACAGUUCACUCUGAAAGUUAAAGCCACAGAUAAAGGCACACCACCUCUCAGCGAUGAGGCUCAAAUCAUCGUGAACGUCAUAGAUGUUAAUGAUAACCCUCCAGAUUUUAGUGAGCCAUCUUAUCGGGCCUCUCUUGAUGAAAAGGCCACUUGUGGCCACAUCGUUAUCAAAGUUCAGGCUUCAGACCCCGAUAGUAAGGAUGACCUCCAAUAUAAGAUCCUGUCAGGCAAUGAAGGGAGAUAUUUCUCUAUUAAUGAAUCCUCCGGACUUAUCUCGUUCUCGAAUGUGUGCAAAAGAAACCUGGAUCCGUUUUAUAACCUCACCGUUGCGGUUUCCGACGGUGUGUUUCAGAAGACUGCCCCUGUUAACAUUGACAUGACAAACGGCAACAAGCACAGCCCCUAUUUUAGCCAGAACAUUUACGAAACAGAUCUGGCAGAGAAUGCAGAAGUGGGAACUCGUGUGAUCCGAUUGUCUGCUAUUGACCCGGACGAUGGUCCAUACGGCAGUGUUGAUUACACCAUCAUUAACAAGCUUGCCGAUGAGAAGUUCUCUAUCGACGAAGACGGACAAAUUGUGACUUCUCAGUCUUUGGACAGAGAAAAUCCAUCGCAACGCGUGAUCGCGAUUAAGGUCAUGGCUAAAGACGGAGGAGGAAGAGUGGGGUUUUGCACUGUAAAGAUUAUUCUAACAGAUGAAAACGAUAACGCCCCUCAGUUUAAAGCCUCAGAGUAUCAGAUUUCCAUUCAAUCCACAGUGAACAAAGGCUCACCGGUUAUACAGAUAAUGGCUUAUGACGCAGAUGAAGGUAAAAACGCUGACGUCACUUACACAGUAGAAGAGGCAGAAGAGGUUAUAGAAGAUAUUAUUGAGGUCAACCCUUUUACCGGAGUGGUCAGGGUCAAAGAGAGUCUGGUUGGUUCGGAGAAUAAGAUUUUCAGCUUCAAAGUUAAGGCCAGAGAUGGAGGCAUACCUUUUUACAACUCCUCUGUGCCAGUACAGGUCAAAGUGGUCCCACCGGAGGUCACUCUGCCCCAGUUUACCGAGCCAUUGUACUCGUUCUCAGCAUCUGAGGACCUCCCUGUCGGAUAUGAGAUAGGGACAGUCAAGGCAGACGCUGACAUGCCACUGAUAUACAGCUUGGUGAAUGGCAACACUAUAGACAGCAACAAAGAACAUGAUUUUGCUGUCGACAAAGACAGCGGUACUCUUGUUAUGCAGAAGAACAUUGACCACGAAAAAACCAAGGUGUACAAGAUCGAUGUGAUCGCUCAAGGAAGUAACAAUGGCACCGAUGUGGCAUCUCUUGUAUCUGUUCACAUAGAGGUUCAAGAUGUUAAUGACAAUCAACCUAUGUUUGAGGCUGACCCCUACGAGGCCUUCCUGGCUGAGAAUUUGCCCCCUGGCACCACGGUCAUUCAAGUGACAGCUAAUGAUGUAGAUACAAACGUCAAUGGAGAAGUCUCAUAUACACUUGUGCCGGAGUCAGAUGAUAUUGGCGACAUGUUUACCAUUGAUUCGCAAACUGGCUGGAUUACUACCUUAAAGAGGGCUGAUUCUGAGACCAAACAGCUUUAUAGGUUCUAUGUGGUGGCCACUGAUCAUGGCGACGCUGUCAAACUAUCCUCUUCAGUACUAGUUGAGGUUACUAUCACAGAUGAAAAUGAUAACCCUUCUCUUGUCACGAAUGGCUGCUUUAAAGCAAAAAACACAGACUAUUUUCGGCUUAUCCGCUCAGAAAGCAUUCAAAGCCCCCAGGUUUUUUCCUUGACCCAUUGCACGCUGGUUGAAAUCCUAAAGGAACUCAUGAAACUGGAACAAGAUGGCCCAGGCCUGGAUGUGAUUUUGUUGUUUUGUGCCACAGGUUUGCUGGCGGUGAACUCCGCGCUGGAUUUCGAGCUCUGCCGCGAGUAUUACCUGUCAGUGGAGGGAGCAAGGGGCAAACCGUCGCUCAGUGACAUUGCCACGGUUAUCAUCAAUAUCACAGACGUCAACGACAACCCACCUGUCUUUAACCGCAGUAGCUACAGUGCUGUGAUUGCAGAGGACAUUUCCCCUGGGGACAUGGUUCUGCAGGUAAGAGCCGUCGACCUUGAUGGGCCUCCAAAUAACUUCAUCAUCUACUCUAUUGUGAGCGGUGAUCCACAGCAGCAGUUCAGCAUCGACCCUCGCACCGGCCACGUAACGGUGCGCUCCACGCUGGACAGGGAAGAGAUAACGCACUACUCAUUAACCGUGCAAGCUGCCGAUGAAGGCGAUCCCCCUUUAUCCUCAGCCGUCCAGGUGACAGUGACCGUAUCUGACGUCAACGACAGCCCACCGAUGUUCUCGCAGAUCAAUCACAGCCUCGUCCUUCAGGAAGGGGAGGCUGUGGGCAGUGGAAUUCUGCAGCUGCUGGUAACAGACAGAGAUACGCCUCAGAACGGCCCUCCGUUCUCAUUCCAUAUUGUCUCGGGAAAUGAGGACAGGAGCUUUCACAUUGACCAAGGAGGACUGCUGUCCAUAUCCUCCCCGCUGAGGAGGAGAGGCAAGCCUCAGCAUCUGCUAAAAAUCCAGGUCACUGACAGCGGCCACCCUCCUCUGUCCUCAAUAUGCGUGGUGAAAAUCAACAUCACAGAGCAGAGCCGAUAUCCACCCACUGUGACUCCGCUAGAGGUUUUCAUCACCACCGCCGGCGGGACGUUUUCCAAACGUGUCAUCGGCAAGCUGCACGCCACGGACCAAGAUCCCCAAGACGUCCUGUCUUACAAACUGGUUUCUGAUGGCCUGGACCAAGGCCUGUUCUCUGUGGACGCAGUGGAUGGGAAGAUCGUGGUGGAGAAGAACCUGGAUCCAGGCCUGUACCACUUGAACGUGAGCGUGUCCGAUGGGAAAUUUAGCAUCUGGGCGGGAGUGAAGGUCCAUGUUUGGGCUGCCGCUCAACACGAUCUGGAUCAGGGCUUCACGUUGCAGUUGGCUGGACUUUCGGCGGAAGAGUUCGUGUCCGAUCACUGGCGAGGCCUCCAGCGAAGCCUGGGCGUGGAGCUGAACAUCCCCAGACAUGAGCUGCACAUCGCCAGCUUGCAACAGCAGCCAAACUCCGUCAACAUGGAGGUCCUUCUGGUCCGGAGAGCUCAGGACCGCUCCGUCCAGCCCGUGUCUGCUCAGCGCCUCACUGGAGUCCUUUCCACCAUAGAAGAUACGCUGGGUUUAAACGUCUUGAAACUGAAGCAUGAUGGUUGUGUGGGGGCUGGUUGCCCACCUCGGGGUUGCAGGAAUGCUGUGGUGAUGAGGCAGGGGAGAAUGAGUAACUAUGCCACCGCACGGGCGAACUUCAUCACCCCGCAGCACAGCUGGGAGAGCGUGUGCUCCUGCAACGAAUCUGCUGUGAGACUUGACGGCAAGGGUUAUCUGAAAUACCUCUAUCAAAUGGAAGAGGGCAAAGAAAACUUCCAUCUGUCUCUUCGACUCAAGACGUCUGCAGCGAAGGGCACAGUGAUGUCCACCAAUGCCUCUGACUGGGCAAAAUUAGAGGUACGACAUUUUUCAAACACACUGACAAAAGAUUCUUUAACUUCUUCUUUUAGCGAGCGCAGGGAGCACAAGCUUCCAACUGUGCAAAAACACAACCUAUCUAACCUACCUCAGCAAGAGCUUCGCUGGCUCUUCAGCAACCUGGGCACAGUCCAAACACUACACAGAUAUGUAAAUAAAGCUAGGGAGAUGAUAAUCUCCGCUGUAUUUUCACUCAGAAGAUCUCUCAAUACCCCAGUGUCAGUCUACACUUUCAUCUCAGCACAGAGAAGUUCCUAUGGAAAUGUCUUUGUUAUCUUGACCAUUUCUCUAAGAUGCAUUUUUUCCGUCUGUCCUCCAGAGUUUCGCUGUAGCUGUCCAUCGCCGUACUUUGGCUCUCGCUGUGAGAACGGCAUCCUGCCGGACGAUCCUUGUGCAUCCCAGCCAUGUGCUAAUGGUUUGUGCAUGCCAAAUAAUCAAGGGUACAUCUGCAACUGCUCUGCACAAAUUGCUGGAAACAGAUGUCAGAAUGCGUGCACUCCCAAUCCAUGUCUCGCUGGUUUCACCUGUUCAAUGGCGGGAAACUCAAUCCACUGUGAGCGCACCACCUCCCCUGCAUAUGUGGAAAUCGCAGAGAUCUGCGCAGGCAUAUUGGGGCUUGUCCUCCUCGCCGUGGCCUUUGUGUGUUUCCGAAAACACUACGUCAGCCGCAAAAAGCACAAGUCCGGCUGCGUUCAAGAUUCCAACGGCUACUUCCCAACGUUGCCCAAAAGCAUGAUGAAAGAAACCGAGAUCAGCUCUCCUAUGGAGCUCAGCACCCUGAUUGGCUCCGCAGGCGAUCUGGACAGCAGUCCUUUCUGCUCACUCAAACCUCGAGAACAGCUGGAGCUCGGCCCUCAGGUGGGCUCUCGGUCCAGGCCUCAGGGUCCUGUGAUUUGCAGCGUGGCCCCUAAUUUACCUCCUCCACCCUCCACCAGCUCUGAUAAUGACUCUAUUAGGAAAAACAACUGGGAGCACGACUACGAAGUGUAUCCAGCUGAUCCUGACUACUACGGCCGACCCACGGUUCAAGAGUUCCCAAAGUUUGACAUUGUGGAAAGCACCUACUCGACGGCUGCCACAGAGUCGCGCAGGAACUCUCGCUUCGGAGGCUUCCCUUUCCCGCUGGACCGCGCCGACCGCCGCGCUCCAUUACCCCCUUGUUACAGCAAUCAGAAUUUAGAUGACUUCUUGGGGCCGGAUGGUCUGCCGCUGCCCAGCUCUCAGUGCCCUAACGAGUACACUGCCAUAAGCUACUACCCUACUCAGCACACUCGCAGCCUGGACAACGUCUCCAGCGGCUAUAAGAGGCUCAGCGUGCGUUUGAGCGUGGCACAGCCUUCAUACGCGGACGGCGACAGCUCCAAGCGGCCUGGAUCUACUAGAAGGACGUCUCGCAGUUAUGCUGGCUCAGAUAUGGUGGAGAGUGACUACGGCAGCUGCGAGGAGGUCAUGUUCUAAGAGGCUGCGGUGGAUGAAAGGUCCCGUAUGAGUGGGGUUAUAGAGAGGAAGCUCAUCUCAUACAUAUAGUAUAUGAAGCUCAACGGCUGAGAGCCACAGAAGCACUAUCAGUAUUAAUAGUCACUUUCAGGGAAAGCAAAUACAUCUGUGUGAAAUGCAACUUUCCUCAUUGUUUGCCCUUUACGAAUCUGUGGAAUUAUUGCAUGACCUUAAAACGUCUACGGUGUGGUUAUAAAUGAUGUUAUUAGCGUGUAGAGAUAAUGCGGCCUGAUUUGGUAUUGCGAGUUCAAUCGCACCCCGUCCAGUUUGGUUGGAAAAAGUAUAUUUUCAGCAGAUGUUAAAUGACUGAUUGUAGUGUUGCAUGUCAUUAUCAGAUUGGAAACCAGCUGUAGGGCGGAUGAUUAUUUCUGUAAAACAUAGCUGAGGUGUGUUGUUCCCCGAGCCCAUAUGUGCUCACCGAAAUCCGCGUGCUAUGAAAUUUUUCAAGCGUUCCAUAUGGUGUAAACAUUUUUAGCGAUGGCACAUUUCACUACAGCGAAAGUAUAGAGGUUACAUUGAUUUGUACAUGCGGCUGAAGCAGAGGCUGGUUCCCUGCUGUAUCAAAAAUUAGUACACAAUGUGAAAUAUAAGAUGUAUGUUAAUGAAAUAUCAAAUAUCGGUCCAUGGUAAGUUGAUGUGUCAUUGGUUGUUGGGAAAUUUACUUUUUGACUGUUUUGUAAAAGGAAUAGUUCACCUAAAUUUGCUAAAGAUUUACUCACACUCAGGCCUGUAGUUUUUUUUU